AUGGCGUCUUCUCUCUCCCCUCCGGAGGUCCCUAUGGAGCUCCACGUCAAGAACAGAGAGAAACUCCUUAAAUCCCUAAUUCAGCACCUCACUACCUCCUCUCGCCCUCUCCAAGGCUUCGUCUUUCUCCAGGGUGGUGAAGAGCAAACGCGUCAUUGCACCGAUCAUACCGAACUCUUCAGACAGGAGAGUUAUUUUGCUUACUUGUUUGGAGUGCGAGAACCUGGAUUCUAUGGAGCUCUUGAUAUUGCAAGUGGGGAAUCAAUACUGUUUGCUCCGAGAUUACCCGAUGAGUAUGCUGUUUGGUUGGGUGAAAUUAAACCAUUGUCCUACUUCAAGGAAAGAUGCAUGAUUAGUGCAGUCCACUAUACUGAUGAGAUUACAAAAGUUCUGCAUCAGCGAUACCGAGGAUCUGGAAAGCCCUUGCUAUAUCUCCUGCAUGGGCUCAACACUGAUAGUAACAAUUACUCCAAACCGGCAGACUUUGAGGGGAUUGACAAGUUUAAGAUGGAUCUAAAUACCUUGCAUCCUAUUUUGACCGAAUGCCGUGUUAUAAAGUCGGACCUGGAGCUUAAUCUCAUUCAGUUCGCCAACGAUAUAAGCUCUGAAGCUCAUGUUGAGGUUAUGAGGAACACAAAAGUGGGCAUGAAAGAGUAUCAGUUAGAAAGCUUGUUUCUUCAUCACACCUAUAUGUAUGGUGGCUGUAGGCAUUGUUCAUAUACAUGUAUAUGUGCUACUGGUGACAACAGUGCUGUGCUGCACUAUGGUCAUGCAGCUGCUCCAAAUGACAAGACUUUACAAAAUGGAGAUAUGGCAUUGCUCGACAUGGGAGCUGAAUACCAUUUUUAUGGUUCUGACAUAACUUGUUCCUUCCCAGUGAAUGGGACAUUUACUCGGGAUCAAUCCCUGAUAUACAAUGCUGUCCUUCGUGCUCACAAUGCUGUCAUAUCCAGUAUGCGGCCUGGAGUAGGAUGGGUUAAUAUGCACAAAUUAGCUGAAAAAACUAUCCUUGAGUCAUUGUAUGAAGGAGGCAUUCUUUGCGGCGAUAUCGAUGCUAUGAUUCAUGAGAGACUGGGUGCUGUUUUCAUGUCUCAUGGCCUGGGACACUUUUUGGGAAUCGAUACCCAUGAUCCUGGGGGUUACCUACAGGGAGCGGAAAGACCAAAAGAACCUGGAUUGAAGGCUUUGCGUACAGCUAGAGAACUAUUGGAGGGAAUGGUGAUAACUGUGGAGCCUGGAUGUUACUUCAUUGAUGCUUUGUUAGUUCCUGCAAUGGAAAAUCCGAAAACAUCGAAAUAUUUUAACCUUCAAGAGAUAAACAAAUUUAGAGGUUUUGGUGGUGUUCGAAUCGAAAGUGACGUGUAUGUCACCUCGAGUGGUUGUGUGAACAUGACCAAGUGCCCGCGGGAGAUACAAGAUAUUGAAGCAGUAAUGGCUGGUGCACCCUGGCCUAUACCCAAGACAACUAUUUCUUCUGCAAAUGGAGAAAUCUAA